AUGGGAAGGGACAAGUCGACGGCGACAACGACAACGACAACGACAACGACAUGGGGCGAUGAGAUUGUACAAGCCAUAUGGCGUCCCACCAUUGUCAUUGUUGGCAUUGGCAUACCUCUCGUUUACUUGAUUCGAUCCAGGGUGAUUGGCCACCGAUUUCCAACAGCAGCUCAUAUCCCACCCGAAGUGUUUGGCCGUCAGCAGAAAAUCCGUGGACGCGUGGUAUCUGUAGGUGACAGUGACAAUUUUCGACUUUAUCAUACGCCUGGAUGGGGAUGGGGAUGGGCUCGUAAAGUACCAGUAUCUCGCAAAGAACUCAGGAACCAAACAAUCGCUGUGCGGUUGGCUGGGAUUGAUGCUCCCGAGGGUGCUCACUUUGGUAUGCCAGCACAAGAACUAUCAAGCGAAUCUAAAUCAUUCUUGACAUCAUUGGUGCUUAACCGUAUGGUCACUGUGCAAUUAUUAAGUCGAGAUCAGUAUAGUCGAGCAGUUGCCAUGGCAUACGUGAGGAAGCCACCAUUUUUUCGACUCAAAAAUGUAUCCGUUGAAAUGUGUAGAGCAGGGAUGGCAAGUCUAUAUGUGGCAAAAGGAGCACAGUAUGCGGAUCAACUAGAGAUUAUAAAGAAGGCUGAGGCUCGAGCAAAACUUUUGAAAAAGGGUAUCUGGGGUCUCAAAAGCUAUGUAUCUCCCGGGGAACAUAAAGCAAAUUACUUGAGAGGCAAUUCAAAUAGCAAAUAA